AUGAGCCGUCAUUUUGCCACAAAACAUGCUAACUACGCUAGUAAACAGUCUCCACAAGAACGGGCUACAGCUCAGAGAUUGAUGGCUAAUUUACAGACUCAGCAAAACCUUUUUCACAGACAAACUGCGAUUCAAGAGUCGAGUACUAAGGCAAGUUUUUUGCUGGCAUUCAAAUUAGCAAAGGCCAGUAAGCCUUUCUCCGAAGGCGAAUUUUUAAACGAAUGCAUGGUGGAGACAGCAGGUCUCUUGUGUCCGGAGAGCAAAGGUAAAUUUGAACAAAUCAGUUUAUCACGCAGAACUGUGACUCGCCGUGUGGAAUUGAUUGAUGAAGAUAUAGCCAGCAAAUUAAACAAAAAGGCGGAGUCAUUUAAGUUUUAUUCACUAGCACUGGAUGAAAGUAACGACAUAAAAGACACUGCUCAGCUCCUAAUUUUUAUCCGAUGGAUUAGCGACAGUUUUGAGAUCACAGAGGAAUUUUUGACAAUGGAGUCCAUGAAAGGAAAAACGAGGGGAGAGGACUUGUAUAACCAGGUGUCUGCUGUCAUCGGGAGAAUGAAGCUACCUUGGAGUAAACUUGCCAAUGUCACCACUGAUGGAUCGCCAAAUUUAACUGGGAAAAACGUUGGGCUGCUGAAAAGACUGCAGGAAAAAGUAAAAGAGGAAAAUCCUGAUCAGGAUGUUAUUUUCCUACACUGCAUCAUUCAUCAGGAAGUUCUGUGUAAGUCUAUAUUGCAGCUAAAUCAUGUCAUGAAUCCAGUUGUAAAACUUGUUAACUUUAUACGAGCAAGGGGACUUCAGCAUCGUCAGUUUAUUGCGUUCCUGGAAGAAACCGAUGCAGAUCACCAGGACUUACUUUACCACUCUCGUGUGCGCUGGCUAAGUUUGGGCAAAGUCUUUCAAAGAGUGUGGGAGCUGAAGGAGGAGAUCACUGCAUUUUUGGAGUUAAUGGGGAGAUCCGACGAAUUUCCCGAGCUAAGCGACAAUAACUGGCGUUGUGACUUUGCGUUUGCUGUGGACAUACUUUCGCACAUGAAUGAGCUGAACACCAAGCUACAGGGGAAAGAUCAAUUUGUGCAUGACAUGUGCACAAAUGUUAGGGCCUUCAAAUCCAAGCUGACUCUUUUCUCCAGACAAAUUUCAAACAAGUCUUUCACUCAUUUCCCCACACUAGCCAUGCAGAAAGAGGCGACCCAAAACGCGCAGAAAUACAGCAAAUCACUGGACGACCUGCACGGAGAAUUCUGCCGUCGUUUCUGUGACUUUGAAAAAAUUGAAAAGUCACUUCAGCUGGUGUCCUGUCUCCUGUCACAAGACCCUGAAACAGCACCACAGGAGCUGCAGUUGGAACUGAUAGAUCUUCAGUCUGACUCUGUAUUGAAGGAGAAGUUCAACUCUCUUAAACUGAAGGACUUUUAUGCUUCACUUAACGAAGCCACGUUUCCAAAUCUCCGGAGGAUGGCACAGAAGAUGCUGACGUUGUUUGGCUCAACCUAUGUGUGUGAACAGACAUUCAGCGUCAUGAACAUCAACAAAGCCCUGAGCCAGCCUGCUCACCAGUGUCCCAACUGCUAUAGCUUUCUGGAUCACCUGAUCAUCCUGCUUUACUUCUGGUUGAAGUCUCAUCACUUGGUGGUGCUCACUGCUGCUGAGAUGCUCCACAUGGAGGCCAGAGAUACAUGGGGCUGCUGUGAAGAAAAGCACUUAGGAAACAUGGAGAUGACUUUGGACUGUUGGACUGCAACUGAUACGUUUCUCGCCAAAGUCUCCAUCAGUGAACAGUUGAUAACUUUAACAAAGAGCGUCAGUCUAGUUAUAACAUGA